CUGGUUUCGAUUAGGGACCGCGGUGUCCCGGCGGGAGGGCGGAGCGGCCGGGGCGCGAGGAGGGGACUAAGGGCGAGCGGCGGAGCGGGGACGGCCCCGGGCCGGAGACACCGAUCAGCCCGCCCGGAGACCGCAGAGCGCAGCCCCGCCAGCCCGCCUCGCGGCCCGGCGCUGCCCUCGGGGAGCUUGGAGACGGCGGCAGGUGCGCGGAGCCAGGAUGCGGACGCCGGUGGUCAUGACGCUGGGCAUGGUGCUGUCGCCCUGCGGGCUGCUGCUCAACCUGAUCAGCACGCUGGCCCCGGGCUGGCGGCUGGUGAAGGGGUUCCUGGACCAGCCCGUGGACGUGGUGCUGUUCCAGGGCCUGUGGGACAUGUGCCGCGAGCAGACCAGCCGCGAGCGCCAGUGCGGCCAGCCCGACGAGUGGGGCUACUUCGAGGCGCAGCCAGUGCUCGCGGCGCGGGCGCUGAUGGCCACCUCGCUGGCCGUCACCGCGCUGGGGCUGCUGCUGGCGUCGCUGGGCGUGCGCUGCUGGCAAGACGAGCCCCACUUCGCGCUGGCCGGCCUGUCGGGCCUGGUGCUUUUCAUCGCGGGCCUCUUCGGCCUCAUCCCGGUCUCGUGGUACACGCACUUCUUGGGGGAUCGCACGGUGCUGCCCGCCCCCGCCAGCCCGGUCACCGUGCAGGUGAGUUACAGCCUGGUGCUGGGCUACCUGGGCAGCUGCCUGCUGCUGCUGGGCGGCUUCUCGCUGGCGCUCAGCUGGGCGCCCUGGUGCGAGGAGCGCUGCCGCCGCAAGGCGCCCCCCGCCGGCCCGCGCCGCAGCAGCAUCAGCACCGUCUACGUGGACUGGCCCGAGCCCGCGCUCCCACCCGCCAUCAAGUACUACAGCGGGGGCCAGCACCGCCCGCCGCCCGCCGCCGAGCCCGCCGCCCCCGGGAAACUCAAGGUGGGCUUUCCCAUGCCGCGCCCCGCGCCCAGGUCCUACACCAACCCCGUGGACGUGCUGGACGGGGAGCGGGAGCCCCAGGCGGCCGCCUCGCAGGGCGCCUCCUCCCGCAGCACGCGGCCCUGCCACAGCUCGCUCCCCUGCGACUCAGACCUGUAGACGUCGCCCGGGCCUCCCCCCGGCUCCGGGCUCCAUCCCGGGGCCAAGGGUGAAGAAGGACGGGUUUCCACUCGGCCCAGCCUUCAACUGUGUCCUGUGUUUGCAGCUCUCCCGGCUUGGAGAUGGAGCUCUGCGUCUGGAGGGCGAUCUCCCUUGCCCAGUAGCUCUGCGAGACUCUUGGGACGUUUAUUUCAAGUUUCUUUCAGCUUUGGUUUAUACAGUUUUCUUUUCCUGUCCAGAGGGAUCAGGUCUUCUUGUGGGAUGACAGGCUUCUCACAGGUACAAGUUGAAGGAGAUCUGGAACGGGUGGCGUUUUGAAUCAGGUGGACCAGGUUCAAUGUCAACAAGGCUCAAAACAACAACAACAACAAAGCAAAACAAAAAUUCAACGGGUGGCUGGUGUCUCAGGACUGUAAUCUUAGCUACUCAAGAGGCUGUGAGUUCUGAGGAUCAUGGUUCUAAGCCAACCCUGGCAGGAAGUCUGUGAAAUCCACCACCCAAAAGACUAGAAUGGAGCUGUGGAGCAAGUGGUAGGGUGUUAGCCUUGAGUAAAAAAAAGCUAAAGAGAGCUCCCUGGACACAUUCAAGUUCCAGGACUAGCAUAUAUGCACACACAACACUUAGAAACUACAGUAUUCUAAAAUACUAAUGGAUUUUACGGUUAUUGUUGUUUUUUUCCCUACUUUAUAACUCAUAAAAGUGUUAUAACUUUAAAACUCUCCAGAGGCAAUCUGUAACUGCGUGGGUUUGAGGCUCUUAAACUUAGGGCCAUUCAAAGCUUAGCAGGGGUAGUGGCUUCUAUAAAAUGAAAUAACUUGGUUGACUCCGAUUUACAUGUCUUUCUGCAUACAUAAUAGUAUGAGGUAGGAGGACAAACUCUAAAAGAUUUAACUUGUGUGUUUUUUUUUAAUCACUUAUUUUGGUGAGAAAUUGAGGUGGUUCCAGUUUCUUUUCAAGAAGCCAAAAGAAUGGAGACAUUAACACUAUAUUAUUGUUCCAUUCUAUAGAUACCUCACAGCAAACAGUAGAUUGAAUAUUUUCUACAAAAUAGAACCUGUUAGUCACAUUUGGUUAGCGUUCAUAUAUAUAUGCUAUUUAUAAAUAAAAGUCUUAAAACAUCA